GCCAACAACGUCGUCUUCAUCAGAACCCAGGGCAUAGAACCUGAGAACCUGGUGCACCAUAUAUUAAAGGAUAUGCAUGCUACUAAAAAGAAAAAAACAAGAGUCAUUCUGCGCAUGCUGCCCAUUUCUGGAACGUGCAAGGCUUUUAUGGAGGAUAUGAAAAAAUACACGGAAACAUUUUUUGAGCCUUGGUUCAAAGCCCCUAAUAAGGGUACUUUUCAGAUUGUUUACAAAGCCCGCAAUAACAGUCAUAUGAGUAGGGAAGAAGUGAUUAAGGAAUUGGCAGGAAUUGUGGGCAGCCUCAAUCCAGAAAACAAGGUCGAUCUUAAUAACCCAAAAUAUACAAUUGUGGUGGAAAUAAUAAAAAACGUCUGUUGCUUGAGUGUGGUCAGAGACUAUGUUCUGUUCAGAAAAUACAAUCUACAGGAGGUGGUGAAGAGCAGCAAAGACGACACACAACAAAACCCAUCAAGUCUGAGAGAAGAACAGAACUUGAAGGUAGUAAAACCAGAAGCCGAAGAGGAGCAGAAGAGCUCAAAAGAAGUAAAACAAGAGAACAAGAAUCAAGGCGAAACAGAAGCUGAAUCCAAGGGGAAUGAUGCUCUGACAGUGUAG